AUGGUUCAAGAAUUAAAAGCAUUUACCGAUGAAGAGGAUUGGAUUGAAGAGCUAGAAGAUGAUUAUGAAGAACAAGAAAUGUUCUAUACAGAUGAAUAUGCUUCAGAAGAAGAUGAAGAUUU